AUGGCAGCAUACGAAAGACCAAUGAUACGGCUCGAGCAAUUCAAGACACAGCAUGAACUCGCCCGGAACUUUUACGACGACUAUGACUUUUGUCCACUUUUAUGUUCUGACGACGUCAUCGAGCAUCGUCAAAGGAUUCAGCAACGGAUAUCACCGCAGUCAUCGCCAAGCACAUCGCCUGCUUCGGGAUCCCAUACACGGGCUAUUCCAAUCAUCGAUCCAGCAAAAAGGACUCAGGUCUCUGUACCAAAUAGCAAACUUGCAUCAUGGCCUGGACUUCCAAGCAGUAGCAAUAGCAACAGCAAUAGAGCCGCCAAGAUGCGCACGUCUCGAGCCAUUCGUAUCAUCGAUCCUACAUCUGGGCAUCCCGUUACUGGCGGGUAUGAUCACCACUACCAUCAUCAACAAGCACUUCAUCACCACCAAGCACUUCAGCCAACAUUCGAUUAUUACGACGUUUCUGUCCGGUAA